AUGGAUUUUAAUGAAUGUUUCAUUCAUCCAAAGUCAUUCUCUUUAGACCCUAACAUUUAUACAGAACUUGUAGAACAUUAUACAAACGAGGCUUUAUGUUUUCCUGUUAAAGUUAUGGAUUGGAUUCCUAUGGACGGUUCAUUCUCAAAGAAUACAGAUAGUUCAAGUGCAACAUUUACAGCAGCUUAUACGCCUAUUAAUGUUAAAAGUAUUUGGGCACUAUUUAGAAAGAAAGACAACUAUUAUGUUAAUUUUGAGAACCCUAAGUUUAAAUAUCUUCAGCUUUCCAUGGGAGCUUAUGGAAAUAUGCCUGCAGAACCUGAAAAAUCAUAUGGACCUGUAUUUUAUGAAAUGGUUGCGAACGCUUGCAAUACAAACAAUGAUAUGAUAGGAUUUAAUGAAGAUGUUAUGAGGUCAUUGGUGGAUGAUGGUAGUGUGGAACAUAAAUGGGAUAGCUAUGACAACACACAUUUCUUAUGUGGUUUUCCAACAGAAGUGGACUUUUGCUUCCAGCAAGGUCAAACAUCUACUGCUCCAAUAACAUACAAAUUGUCUGUUAAAGGACCUAUUGAACUAGCAACUGAAAACGUACCAAAGCCACUUAUUGGAUUUAUGAGGGAUUGUUGCUUUGCCAUUCAGGUGCGUGCUAAUGGAAUCCCAAUAAUAAGAUUAGAUGACUAUAACUUAGCUACGGACGACGGUGAGGAAUAA